GUUAUAAUGAACCUGUUUUUAAAUGGUUUAAGAGUGCCAAAAAAGAUUUUUAAGAUAUUUGAGAUUUUUGAGAUAUUUGGUAGAAACGAUAAUUCAAUAAAUCACAUUGCAACUAAGAUAUUCCUUAUAAACGAAUAAACCUCGAACAAUUUUGUUCCUACUCCAAUUUUCUUCUUAAACAAAGCCAUGGUAGUAGAGCUCCUAACCCUCUUCCUUCUUGUAGCCCUGCUUCUUCGAUUCAUUCUACUUCAACCAAAUAAUGAUGACCUCCCUCCAACCCCCUUUGCCUUACCAAUUAUCGGCCACUUCCACCUCCUCGGCCCUCUCAUCCACCGCUCUCUUCACAACCUUUCACUUCGUUACGGUCCAUUGUUCUCAUUCCGUCUUGGCUCUGUUCCAUGCAUCGUCGUCUCCACGCCAGACCUCGCUAAACAAUUCCUCAAAACCAACGAGCUCUCUUUCAUCUCUCAUGCCUACUCCAUUGCCAUAUCCCGUCUCACAUACGACUCGUCGCUCGCGUUUGCACCCUAUGGACCUUACUGGAAGUUCAUCAAAAAGUUAACCAUGAAUGAACUUCUUGGAAGCCGUCCUAUCAACAACUUUCUCUCUCUUCGAGCUCGCGAAAAUCGCCGGCUUUUGAUAUAUUUGGCAAAGAAAUCUGAGCUCGGUGAGGCUGUUAACCUUACGGAAGAGCUUCCUAAGCUUUCGAACAGCAUAAUCGCUCACAUGAUUCUCGGAACGCGGUGUUCAAGCAUGGAAGGAAGAGUGGAGGAAGCUAGGACUGUAAUACGUGAUGUGACGAAGAUUUUCGGUGAGUUCAAUCUGUCGGAUUAUAUUUGGUUCUGCAGGAGGUUAGAUUUGCAAGGAUUUGGGAAGAGAAUCGAGGAUAUACAUAAACGGUUCGACACGCUGCUGGAGAAGAUUAUUGCUGAACGUGAAGAAUUUAGAAAAAAGAAGAAGGAAGAUGCUGAUCAGGAAACAUGCAAUGACCAAGAAGAAGAGGAAGUCAAGGAUUUUCUUGACAUUUUGCUUGAUAUCACGGAGGAUGAUAAUGCUGAGAUUACACUGACAAGACUCCACAUCAAAGCCCUUGUUAUGGAUUUUUUCACAGCGGGAACCGAUACAACAGGCAUUUCAACAGAAUGGGCUCUAGCUGAGAUCAUCAACCAUCCAAAGGUUCUUGAGAAAGCUAGAGAGGAGAUCGAUCGAGUGGUUGGUAAGAAACGGAUAGUUGGAGAAUCCGACGGUCCAAAUCUUCCAUACAUGCAUGCAAUCAUAAAAGAAACACUUAGGCUGCACCCACCAGUGCCUUUGGUCACAAGGAGAUGUGUAGAAGCAUGUAAGAUAGAGAAAUACAUGAUCCCAAAAAACACUAUGCUGUUUGUAAACGCUUGGGCUAUUGGUAGGGAUGCAAAGUAUUGGGAAAACCCAUUGGAGUUUUGUCCCGAAAGAUUCUUAGAGAAUAGGGAUGGAGAGAAAACGAGUCAAAAAAUAGAUGUUAAAGGACAGCAUUUUCAAGUUUUGCCAUUUGGGUCUGGAAGGAGGAUUUGCCCAGGUAUGAACUUGGCUUUGCAAAUGUUGCCGGGUUUGCUUGCGGGUAUGGUCCAGUGCUUUGAUUGGAAGGUCGUUGGUGGGAAGACUAAUGACGACGACGAUGAUCAUCAUCAAGUUUUGAAAAUGGAUGAACGGCCAGGAAUGACUGCUCCAAGAGCUCAUGAUCUUGUUUGUGUUCCGGUUGCGCGCUUUAGCCUUUUUCCUAUCCUUGAUCCCUAGGGGUUGUUCUUUGCGUAUGUCUAGCUAUUUGCUAGUUAUAGGAGUUUAUUUAUAUGGUCCUUUUCUUCUUCUGAAAACUUUGCGUGCUUUUUGAAUAACCUAGCUUUUAGCAAUUUCCCCCUCAACCGAUGAUAACAAUCUCACCUCAUAUUAAAAAAGGCAAUCAUUAUUA